AUUGUAGGAUUUCAUUUAUUUCCUUGAGUCUCAAUUUAACUUAUCAGUUUGUCCCAACUGUGAGAAGUACUAAAUAUACAAAUACAUCAUAGAUAGAUAGAUAGAUAGAUAGAUAGAUAUACAAUAUCUUCUUUAUUUGACAUGCCAUUGUUGAUGGUGUUUCAAAGUAGUGUAAACUACAAAUGAGCUACAAAACUACAACUCCCAUGUUGGGUAACAUCUAAUUUCCGGACCGUUUCAAAAUAAAGGUCCGCUUCGUUACUUAGAGAAUCUUUUCAUCUGUUGAACCGGUUCACAAAUAUGACUGAAUUGUCGACAAUAUUCGGUUAUAAUAAUUGUUAAUAAAUAACAUCUUUAGAAAAGUGACCUUUUAUUCAUGCAAAUACAUUUUACAUUAACUUUUAUUAAUGUUUAAGGUUAAUUCAAAUUAUAUUUAGGCUUCGUUUUUAUGAAAAAGUCAACAAACUGGGACACAUUAAAUUUCAAUAAUUACACUAAAUAAUUAAAAACUUAGUAAUAACUAAUAACUUUUUUAAAAUAAAUAUUUAAUAACUUUAUUCAUGGCAUAUAAAAUGCACUUGCUGCUUCCCAAUUUGCAUGUUAUCCAUCCUAAAUAGAAUUAGUAUGUCCCAAGUCAUAAUAUUAUGUUUUUUAAAAAGUAAGUUAUGCCAAAGGUUCCCGGAUGGUUUACUACUUGAGAUUACAAUUCGUGUUAGUAAAUAAAAUUAUUUUAUUAAUGUUUAAGGUGAAUUCAAAUUAUAUUUAGGAUUUAGAAGACUUUGUUUUUAUUAACUAGAAAAGCCAACAAACCUGAAUACAUGAAUUUUUAAUUAUUAAUAAAAAUAAAUAAUGUUUUUAUAAAAAUACCUUGCGUAAAGGCAUCACUUGAGUCGUGUUUGAACUGAUUCUUUGUAAUGAACCGUUCGAAUGAACCGAUUCGCGGAAACGAGUCAGACUUCCAUGAUGCCAUGGAAACGCGACGCUUUCCUGGAUAGACCAUGUUAUGAAUGAUCUCGAGAAAAUAAUAGUUAUUUAGUUAGCGGUAACGAGACACAACAUGCUUCGAAAAGCAGUGAAAGUGGUCGCUGAAGUCCACCUGAGGGCGAUAACCUGUCCAGGGGUGCAUCUACCAGCCAAAGAUGAUGUUUACGUCAGUGUGAGUCUGAUGAAUAAAUACAGGAAGACUGAAUGUGUUCCUGCAGUGUUUCCAUUACUGAUCCGGGAGAAAAUAAGAUUUGAAAAGAUCCUGAAUUAUGCCACCGAUCCUUCAGCGAUAGCAGAAUUCCUGCAGUGCGAAACAGUGAAAAUUGAACUCAUUCAGUUGAUUCCUCCAGCUGGAGAAAUACUGGCCAGUUUUGAAGAAGAUGCUCGCAGUUUUCUUUUCCCAGAACCGAAGCUUGUCCCAUCUUUCUCUGGAGUAGAGAGAGAGGUAUUGAUGACACGGCAUCCUACUUUUCCUGGUAUCUCUCCAAGAUUAGAGUUCUCCACAAAGACGACAUUCAGAGAAAUCUCCAGUGACAAUAGUUUCCUAACCGUUCCUGUGAGGGCAAUGACGAGAAAAACCUCAGAAAAGUCACCGAAGCAGGGCAGCGCUUCAUCCCGAAGACAUCUCUCUUUUGCUCCAUGCAGUCCAAGAGAGCAUCACGACAGAGAUCAGGUACAAAGGUCACGUGGACGGUCCUCUUCCCAUUAUUCACCUGUCUCUGCCAGAAACUCCAGUUUAAUGAGUCUGUCACCACAUCAAUCAAAACCAUCAGGAGAAUCAAGAGACCAAAGAAGAAGCUAUUCCAGACCUUGGAUGGCUGAUGAAGACUCUUCAGACACAGACGAUCUCCUCGACUACGCAGAGGAAGUUGGCCGUCAUCAUUCCCUCAUGGGAUAUGAGGGAUCUUCCAGACACUCUAGUAUGGAUUGCCAGAGGCACAAUAGAUCUCUCUUGGGUUCUGCUGACCUGUGGGAGGAAGUUCAGGAACGGGUUCAGAGUCUUUUAACAUCUCCCAAAGCGGUUCAUAGACUAGCCUGUGGUGCCACCGACUCGGAGAUAGACGAGGUAUUGACACGUAGAUCUGUUUUGGCCCACUCAUGCCCGUUCUAAACACCAGCGUGUACGAUAACAAAGUGAUGAAUCAGAGGAUUGUGUGAUUUCCUGUGGCAUUGCAUCUUUUUCCAUCUUUUUCCAUUCAAUUACGAGUGUGUUUGUUUGUAGUUGUGUAGUAAGUGUUUUUGAAGCUUGCUGGUUUAUAACCAUUUCUGGAGGCCCCCCAACUGUUCACACCUGAUUCAGAAACACUUGAAAUGUGUGUUUCAGUGGAGACAGCGAGCAAAACGGACUCUCCAGACACUUAAAAUGGUACAUGUGCUUAAUAUAACCCUCAUAACAAAAAGGUUGGCUCCCUUGUUGGAGCUGUGGUGCAGUAAUAGAUCAUAGUUUGUUUUGAGACCAGCCUGCAUUGUGUCAUAAUUCAAUUCUUAUAUAAAGCAAAAAAGGCAGAAGUCCACCUCCUAAAAAGAGAAAUAAAAUAAUCAAAAGUGACAAAUCAGUAGUGCUUUGAUCACAUUCUUUCUUCUUAUUUUUAGCAUCUUUAUGCAAAUGCUGCUCAUUCAUUAGCAAGUCAAAUUAAAUACCUCCUUUAGUUGAUAGUCAAGUACAAAAGGCUUGUUCUGUGACAUUCCCCUUGAGUAUUAAACGAAGAACAUCUAUCUAUCUAUCUAUCUAUCUAUCUAUCUAUCUAUCUAUCUAUCUAUCUAUCUAUCUAUCUAUCUAUCUAUCUAUCUAUCUAUCUAUCUAUAUCUAAGUGAAAGUGAAUAAUUUUUAAGUGAAAAAAUAAAUGGAAAAAAGUCAAUUCAGGGAUGUUUUUUC